AUGGUGCAACCGCAGCAACAGCAGCAGCAGCAGCAGCAACAGCAGCAACAGGCUCAGCAACAGCAACAGCAGCAGCCGCCGCUGCCGCAGCAGCAGCAGCAGCAGCAACAGGCUCAGCAGCAGCAACAGCCGCAGCAGCAGCAGCAACAGACUCAGCAGCAGCAACAGCCGCAGCAGCAGCAGCAGCAGCAGCCGCAGCAGCCGCCCCAGCAACAGCAGCAGCAGCAGCAGCAGCAGCAGGCACAGCAGUUUACUGUCGAGGGAUCUCAGGCUUCCUCUUCCGUUCCUGUAAUGAACGGUGUGACUGUAAUGCCGCAGCAACAGCAGCAGCAGCAAGGCAUGGCGCAGCAGGGCAUGGCACAGCAGGGCAUGGCGCAGCAAGGCAUGGCGCAGGCACAGGGCAUUGGUCCGCCUCAGAUGGUGGCUCAGCUUCAGGCGAUGGUGCAGGGGCAGGGCACAGGGCAGCAAGGGAUGCCCCACCCUCAGAUGCAUCACGGAAUAAUGCAACAGGGCAUGGCGCAACAGGGUAUGGCGCAACAGGGUAUGGCGCAACAGGGUAUGGCGCAGCAUGGGAUGGCGCAACAAGGCAUGCCGCAACAAGGCAUGGUGCAACAAGGAAUGAUGCAACAGGGGUUUGCGCAACAAGGCAUGGUGCAACAGCAAGGCAUGGUGCAACAAGGGAUGAUGCAGCAAGGCAUGCCGCAACAAGGAAUGACGCAGCAAGGGAUGGUGCAACAGCAAGGCAUGGCGCUGCAGGGGAUGAUACAGCAAGGCUUGGCGCAACAAGGCAUGGCGCAACAAGGCAUGGCGCAACAAGGCAUGGCGCAACAAGGCAUGGCGCAACAGGGGAUGGCGCAACAGGGGUUGGCGCAACAAGGCAUGGCGCAACAAGGCAUGGCGCAACAAGGCAUGGCGCAACAGGGGUUGGCGCAACAAGGCAUGGCGCAACAAGGCAUGGCGCAACAGGGGAUGGCGCAACAGGGGAUGGCGCAACAGGGUAUGGCGCAACAAGGGAUGGCGCAACAGGGGUUGGUGCAGCAGCAGGCUCCACAGCAGUCGAUGUUUGGCUUCCAAGGAGGGCCAUCCGCCUUCCUGCCACACAACGGACAAGCCUACCAGCAACAGAUGCAACAAGUGCAGCAGAUGCAGCCGAUGCAGCAGGUGCCCUCUUUCCAGCAAGGCCAUCAGAUGCAACAAGGCCCGGUACCGAUGCAACAAGGCCCGGUACCGAUGCAACAAGGCUCGGUACCAAUGCUACAAGGCCCGGUGCCUAUGCAACAAGGCUCGGUGUCCAUGCAACAAGGACCGAUACUGAUGCAGCAAGGCUCUGUAUCGAUGCAACAAGGCCCGGUGCCCAUGCAACCUUCACCUGGAGCGCCCAUGCAAGCAGGCCUGCCAAUGCCCCCGCACCCGCCGUUUCCUGCUACUCCUGCCAUGCCUAUGACUGUGCAAGUGGUUUCAGCUUCCCUCCCUGCGGCCAUGCAGCAACACCACCACCAGCAGCAGCAGCCGCCCGGUCAUGUACCUGGACACAACAGCAUGCCUGGUACGCAGCAGACUCUCGUCUUUCUGAUUGGAGACUCAGCUACUCUUUCUUGGUCCACAACGUUGUUGCGUAUCCUCCUCCCUCCAUCACGCACUUGCUUUCUCGCUCUCUCUUUCAUCCCCCCGCUCUCCUCUCUCCCCUCACCUUCAUUCACAAUGAUGCAGAGGCAGGAGCAUCCAUUCCCCCGCCACCGCCCUGUCACCCUUCCAUCCCGUUUUCCCGCUCUUUUCUGCCUCUCUCUCUCUCUCAACUUCAUUCUGUCGAUUUCGGAUCGUGGGCGCCCUUCACAGCGACUUCGGGUCAUGGGCGCCCUUCACAGUGACGCAGUGGCAGGAGCUGGAGCAGCAGGCGCUCGUCUUCAAGUAUCUCGUGGCAGGCUGUUCAGACAUCUCAUAAGUCCCCUUCUUCCCUCUCUACCUGCAGGCGACUUCGGGUCAUGGGCGCCCUUCACAGUGACGCAGUGGCAGGAGCUGGAGCAGCAGGCGCUUGUCUUCAAGUACCUUGUUGCAGGCGCGCCCGUUCCCCCCCACCUCGUUGCCGCGCUCAGAGCCUCCUGCGCGCGCCUGCCCCCCUUGGCGGCACUUCAGCAGCCCCCUGCUGCCCCCGGCGGCCAACCGGGGUGGGGGCAGGUAACGCAGCAGGUUGAGCUGGAGCCGUUCAGAUGCCGACGAACGGACGGCAAGAAAUGGCGAUGCUCCAGAGAGGUGGUACCGGAUCAGAAGUACUGUGAGCGCCACAUGCAUCGCGGGCGCAACCGCUCUCGCAAGACCCACGACCGCGCUGCUCCAGGCACCUCCCUCGUUGAUGCAAACGAUGCUGACGACGGCCCUCCUUCUGCUGCCGCUGGUGGCGCUGCUGGUGGCGCCGGUGGUGCUGGUGGUGGUGGCGGUGCUGCUGGUGCUGGUGCUGGUGGCGAUACCACUGGUGGCGAUGCAAGCAUGCCAAGAGCAGCAGGAGGUGCAACUGCAGGGGGUGCAGGAGGGGUAGGGGGAGGUGCAGGAACAGGGGUUGCGGGAGUGAAGGCAGGUGAUAUGACCCCAUCUAGUCUCAACACCACGGAUUUCACCACUUCCCAGAGAAAUACUCCUUUUCCCGGCAGUGCCACUUACCCUCCCAGUGCCACUUACCCUGCCACUGCAACUUACCCCGGCAGUGCCACUUACCCCGGCAGUGCCACCCACCCUGCUGUUGCCAUGUUCCGCCCAUCUGCAGAGGGAGCAGCAGUGCCAGCAGUGCUGCACGGGAACGCCCCGCCUCCGCUCACUCUUCCCCCUCCCGUGCAUGCAGUCGCUGUGCCUUCUGCAGGGCAGGGUGGGUCAGGGCAGGGAGGAGUAGGGAAUGGGGGGGUGGUGGCAGGGGGAGAGGGAAUGCAGCAGUUACAAGGAGCAGGUGAAUCAGUGGGAGGGGCCCAAGGGGGAAUUCAAGCAGGAGUGCAAGGAGGGGUUCUACAAGGAGGGGUGCAGCAAGGAAGGAUGGGAGGAGCAGCAGCAGCAAUGGGCCUUCAAAGAACGGGAGAGGGGCCACGAGGAGCGGGAGAGGGGACGAUCCCCAGCCAGUCUCCUGGUCUACACCCUGCAGCACCGCACCACCCACCCUUCCAGAUGCAAGAGUCGCAGCAGCAGCAGCAGCAGCAGCAGCAGGAACAGACCGGACCUGUGUCUGCCUCGAAUCUCGCACAGCAGCAGCAGCAACAGCAACAGCAGCAGCCGCAGCACCAACAGCAGCAGCAGCAGCAGCAGCACCAACAGCAGCAGCAGCAGCACCAACAGCAGCAACAGCAGCAGCACCAACAGCAGCAACAGCAGCAACAACAGCAACAACAACAGCAACAGCAGCAACAGCAGCAGCAACAACAGCAGCAGCAGCAGCAGCAACAGCAGCAACAGCACCAACAGCACCAACAAUACCAGCAACAGCAGCAACAUCAGGCAUCAAGUGCAGCAGCACCAGCCGCACCAGCCGCACCAGCAGCAGCUCAAGCGUCUCCACGGCUGGGCAGCACAGGAGGCAAUCAGCUGCUGCCAGGGCACUACCAAAUAGGAGGGCCCCGCCUGCACCCCUCCCCUCUCAUGGGGCCGUGUGCCCCCCUCCGUGCCUCCACACCCACACACGGCCCUGCACUCCUCCACACAUCGACGCCUGUACCCUCCCCUCUUCACGUGCCAAGAGAAGCAACAGCAGCCCCGCGCUCUCCUUCCCUGCAAGUUUCCAAACACCCACAUGCCCUUCCGUCUCCCUCUCCUUCCUCCGCCCCCUCUCCCUCGUUACAUGCUCUCAAGCCAGCUGCCUCGCCUCUCCUCCAAGUGUCGAGGCUCGGAGUCCCCCCAUACCAGCAGCAGUCGGUAGGGCCAGCAGGGUUGCAGUCCCAUCAGGCAGCAAGGGUCCAGCAGGCGGCUUCCUCUGACCAAGUGUCGAGGCUCGGAGCCUCCCCAUUCCCGCAGCAGGCUGUAAGGGCAGCAGGAUCGCCUUUCCAGCAGGCACCAAGGUUCCAGCAGGCGGCUUUCUCCGAUCAGAGACCUGCCUCUCCUGCCCUGCAUGCGCUCACGCAAGGGCCCUCCCAGUCCUUUCGGCCGGUCCAGCCAGCAGCGUCGCCCGCGCUACAGCCGUUGGUGCGUUCAACCAUGGAGAUGGCUCAAAAUUCGCCUGUGCUACAACCGGCUGUCACUCCGAUGCGGCAAUCUCGAGGUAUUGCUUCCACUGGUGGGGCCGAGGGCGGGGAUGGUGCCGGUGCUGGUGCUGGUGCUGGUGCUGGUGCUGUGAAUGGGGUCGGGACCAGAGGCAGCAGUGGUGUUGCGAGCUAUGGUAACGCCCAUAGCAGCACGUAUGGAGCUGCUGUGAGCGCGAGUGUUGGGAGAGCAGAGGGCAGGGAUGGUGGAAGAGUCCCAUAG